AUGGUCAACAACUUGGCAAAAGUAUUUGAUCCAAAUGCUUUGCAAAGCCAGGGGCCUGAUAAUACAAUGGAGCCCCCACAGAUUCAUCAUAUUGUAAGCAGUGAUGUCAGCACUGAAAGUUUUAACGUCAUGGAUAUGAAGUUUGCCUUCCUUGAACAGAAAAUAGAUAAGCUGUUGAUGCUGCAAGACAAUGUGCUUAAGAAACUGAACAGCGUUUCCCAAGAAAUCUGUUGCAUUGAAAAAGAUAUUGAGAUUGUAAAAGCAGAGACAUCUGAGCCUGGAUUGAAGAUGGAAAGAAACAAAAAUCUGAGAAAUAAUCACAUGAAGAGGCUUUGCCUUAAAAUGAAAAAAUCUCUUUCUGAUAUAAACAGGAAUGCAGAGCAGCAAGUUAAAAGACUAGAUGGACUGGAGCACAGUGUUUCUGCAAUACAGAAGCUUGUAGGGCCUCUGGCUGAGAAGGUUAAAGCAUUAAUAAUACAUCAUUCAAGUGGAAAACAUCAUAUUCUAAAACGUAAGCUUUGCAAGGCAGGUGAUUAUACAAAAGCAGCUGGACGUGGUUUUGGGAUGCAGAUUUUCUCGGAGACAACAGCUGAUGCUCUGCUCAAGAAGAGGAGAGAAAAGCUUGAUGAACUUAAAGCAACACCACCAACAACUUUACCUGUAUAUCUACUGGCUUUUCCACAGGUCAUCAAAGAAAAGUCACAUUUGAGUGAGACGGGAACAAAUUCUAUGCAAGAGGAGGAGCCACCAGAUUCAGCAGAGGGGGCCAUCCAGAACAGCCAGUCUUGUUGUCGUGAGGAAGAAGUUGAUAAGCUCAACAAGGAAAAUGCUGAGAGGGAAAGUACUGUUCUGCUACAAAUGGAUUCUCCUGAAUUUCAUUCUCAAGGAACAGAGGAGAAAGAAGAAAUAGCUUUUGAAAGCUGUUACAGGAGAAGCUCUGUUCAGAAAUCCUUCACUGUGGAAAGUCAGCAAGAAGAUGAUGCUGUUGAUGAUGCCUGUCAAAGGAUAACUGGGCAGGAGAUAGAGAGGGAGUCUCCAGCAGAUGAGGAGACGAAGGAGGAACUUCAGGUGCCUGGAGCUGAAGAACAAGAAGAGAGGAUGGAUGAAGGGGAGGGAGCUGCUAGUAAGAAUGAAAAAGAGGAUGAGGAACCAUCAGCACCUUCCCAAAAUGAAGAUGAGGCAGAACAAAGCCAUGAUCAAGAGGCACCAGAGGGAAUGUGUAAAGGCUGUGGAAAAGACGAUACUUCUACUCCACCAGCACCAUUUGAUCACCGGAUUGUUUCAGCCAAAAGGGUGGGGAUCAGCAGUUAUUAUAAUGUCAACAGGAAUGAAAUCUUGGGAGGAGGGCGAUUUGGUCAGGUACACAAAUGUGAAGAGAAAGCAACAGGUCUCAAGCUAGCAGCCAAAAUUAUAAAAGCCAGAGGUGAUAAAGAGAAGAAUGAAGUAAAGAAUGAAAUCAGUGUCAUGAAUCAGCUGAAUCACGUGAACCUUAUCCAGCUAUAUGAUGCCUUUGAGUCAAAAAAUGACAUUGUCCUAGUCAUGGAAUAUGUUGAAGGCGGAGAAUUAUUUGACCGAAUUAUUGAUGAGAACUGCAAUUUGACAGAGAUGGAUACUAUCUCAUUCAUAAAACAGAUCUGUGAAGGAAUUCAGUACAUGCACCAAAUGUACAUUCUUCAUUUGGAUCUCAAGCCUGAGAAUAUCCUGUGUGUGAACCGAUCUGCAAAUCAAAUAAAAAUUAUUGAUUUUGGAUUGGCAAGAAGAUAUAAACCCAGGGAAAAGCUUCGAGUAAACUUUGGGACUCCAGAAUUUCUUGCUCCUGAAGUUGUGAAUUAUGAAUUUGUCUCCUUUCCUACAGACAUGUGGAGUGUAGGAGUCAUUGCUUACAUGCUCCUCAGUGGAUUGUCUCCUUUUUUGGGUGAUGAUGACAACGAGACCCUCAACAAUAUCCUGGCCUGCAGCUGGGAUUUUGAAGAUGAGGAGUUUCAAGGUGUUUCUGAGCAGGCCAAAGAUUUCAUCUCAAAGCUUCUCAUCAAGGAAAAAUGCUGGAGAAUAAGUGCAACUGCUGCCUUAAAACACCCAUGGUUAUCAGACCACAAGCUCCACUGCAGGCUCCAGGUUCCUAAAAUUUAAAUAUCCUUGUGCAUUGUAGAUCUGCUGUAGCCUGUCUCUGUUGCCAUAUCGCUAUUUGCUUUGAUAUUUCCCUCAUCUGUUUUUGAGUCCAUCUUGCUGCUGUAUUUCUUGCCACUGUAAGCCAUGUGUGUCCCUUUGCCUUUACUUAGCUGCUAUAAUAUCCAUGCUCACACUUGCUCAUCAGACCGUGCCUGUCUGGG